AUGCGGGUCCUGGAACUGAAGUACGGCGCUGACGACGUGCGGCGACACGUCCUCCUCGCCGGGGAGAGGUACACGAUUGGACGAAAGGAGUGUCGUCUGCCGCUUCCUAGCGGCGACCCGUCUGUCUCGCGGCACCACGCCAUCAUCACCGUGCGGGCCAUGCCACCGCACAGUGUCUUGAGCCCGAACUUGGAGGUGGACGUGAGCGUGACGGACUGCUCCAAGCACGGCACACUAGUGAACAAGGAGCUGAUUGGCCGCGACAACAGCCGCGUUAUUUACAGCGAGGACGUCGUUAUGUUUGGCAGGCGCGUGACCGCGCGCGUGCGCAGUACAACGCUGAUUUUAGUGGCCUCCAUCGAGUUGUCUGAGGAGGAACAAAUCUUGCUGCAAAGGGCUGCGGUGCGUUUAGGGGCGACGAUUUUGCAGGAACCCGUUUCAGCACGCGAGGCUUUUUUUCACGUGGGGCUUGGCUGCAUCGGGUUUCUCUACGUCACACACGACGGGUACGAGGUCACACCCGACAUGCUUCUGGCGAUAACCCACCAGUACCACGUGACGACGCCGAGCUACGUGAGUUCCCUCGUGGACCGAAUUGCUGAAGAUGGCGCACUCAUGCCUCUACAGUUUCCCGCACCCACCGUAGCUUGUCCCGCCUCCGCAAGUUUUCCUGUAGAAGAAUACCUACCUCCCUCGCCAGCCUUUUACGACCUGAAUGAAUUCCUGUUAGCAAAGCCGCAGCCACGCAGACCACUGCAGGGCUACACCUUUACUAUUGCGGACGCUCAGGUAAGGGAUAGAUACGAGACUCUGCUGCACCACGCUGGUGCAGUGGUGAUGUUCAUGCCGCCUGAAGGCGUGACGAAUACAAGAUUGUACACCCAUGGAACAACCACGGUGGGCCUGGCGAGUGAUGAUAUGUUUGCAAGGCUCAAGGCCACGCUGGGCAUCCAGCACUGCUCCACCGGCAACGACGCCGGCGUCACAGGAACAACAGAGUCCCCGUUGGCCACUGAGGGUAGCAGUCCCCACAAUUGCCACGAUGGUCGCAGCCGUGGCAGUACUACUGUCAAUCGUGGGUGUGACUUCACCCAAAAGAGCGAUACCAUCGAAGUGGCGUACGCAACACUUUGCAGCGCUGGUCUCUGCGUGAUUCCUGAAAUAAACGUUCUGCGAGCCGUUUUUACUGGCAACGUGUUGGAGAUUACUGGGACACCGUCGGCGGAUUGCCUCCGCAGCGUGGGCCAAGUGUGUGGAGUAGUAGCACCAGCAAGGAGAGAGGAAGCGGAGGUUUCAAUGGGGUUUGUGUGGAACGAUUGCACAUAUGACGAUCCUUGUUGUGCGGCGUCGCGCACCCAGUCAUUGUGCGCGGCAGCAACGCAUAUGCAGGUGGGGGGGAGCGGAUCCUACUCGAUGUCGCAGCCAUCCACGGAGGCGCAAUGCAGCGAAAUGCCGAAGAGGACGCCGAUGAAAGACGAACAACAACGCGUGUGCUCGAACGCGUCGACUGAGAAGCAGGGAGAUGAAGGGUUCCCAUCGGCUGCAGGCGUCGAUUGCGAGUGUGAGGAGGCAUUAAGGGGGCGGCGGAGUGGCGGGGAGCGUCGCUCUGAGGGGGAGCAGCAGCAGCACACUCUUGUUCGUCUUUGCCAGAGCCACACUAGUGACACCCACGCAACUCCCGUUACGCAGUCAAGGGAGCUAAACUCGCAGAAAGCGGGGUCGGCGGCGCGGGAAACCCAUGCAUUGCCGCGGAAGCCAAUCAUCGUGUACGCGCCAGCUCAAAUGAAUGGCAGCAACCAGGGAAGCAAAUUUCCGGCACGGCAACGCGUGGUGGGAUACAAGAUUACCUCGCCGCGACUGCCUUCUCGGUCAACCUCGUCGGCGGUGUUGAUGUCGUCUCGCAGCACCUCCCAUACUCUCUCCAAGGACGCCGACUCCGUACCUCGGGAAGAGGCCUUGGAGAAACCCAAGGGGCACAGUCAUGCGACAGAUGCGGUGAACGCCGCGGCAGUGUUGGUUGCUUCGCGACAGGGGCACGCAGCACCGCAACCCGUUCCACGGUAUUGCGUGGCGGUGUCACAACAAAAUCGAGAAUGUACGGGCGGCAGAGCACGUUCCACAAGCCAUUCCCAGCUCCUGUGUACGCCACAUGCAGUUCCCGUGAGGCAGCUUCACUCAACGCCGAAGUCUUCUGCACAACCGUUGCAGCGAGAGAGGUCCUGCCCGUCGACAACGAUGCGCCGUGGUUCAACUGUUCGGCGACCUUCCUUGACGGGUGCUGAUGUUCCGCGGUUUGUUCGCUCUGGCACUGGUAGGCCCCGUUUUGGCAGUGCCGCCUUUCCGGCACCGCAGCAUCAUUGCGGUGUUGUCUACCAGAAGCUUCUUUUUCAGCAGGAGGGACAACAGGAAAGGACGGCGAGUUGUAAUACCAACAGUAGUGCGUUCACUGACCUCGACGCCGCUGCCGAGAUGGCACAGCAGCAGCAGGACGCCUUUUUGGGGGGGCGUGCCGUAGGCUUUAUGCACCACUUCCUCGAUGCCUUUUCCCUCAAUGUGGAGCAGGUGUGCCAGCGUGUGCUGAAGCAGAGGCACGUGGACGCGAAGACCAUGAGCUUUCUAGAGGAUGGGGUGGUGCAGCUGACAGACUUUAUUGGGUGGCUCCUGUCCAGCUACAGGUCGGACGCCGCACGCGAAAGCACCCACGACGUCCACAAGAAGGCUCUUGUGACGCUCCGGCGGAUCCUCGCCACAUGCAAAGCCGUGAGGUCGCGGCCGCUGCUAGGCUCGAGGGAAAACAUGGAUGCCGUCCGCCGCCGCCCCCACACCGCGUGGCGGCCGUCGCUCUCCAGAGAGCUGUCCGUGCCCAGUAUGGGAAAAACAUUUUUGUGCGUCAGCUGA